AUGUCUACCAUCUCCUCCAAACGGUUCUCGGUCCAGGCUGCAGAUCCCGAAGACACUGAAGGUCGGGCAAGCCGACGAAUCAUCGUCAGUAGCAAUGCCUUGAAAGGUACAAAACUAUGCGCCGGCGAUCCUGUCGUUCUGUCUGCAGCUGAGAACAGCCUCUCGCAUGAUCAAAAAAGGGCUUAUGCGGUUGGCAUAUUGUGGCCUUCACUGGACUUACCCUCAGAUACCGUCGAAGUCGCACCGUCUAUCCUCCUCACUGCCCGUGUGACGGAGGGUAGCCAAAUCCAAUUAUUCUCGUUGAGCGUCUCGCAAUCCCAGAAACUCGUGAAAUGGCUCCCAUCUCUCCAGCACUCUUUCGAGGCAGUAACCGUCCGAUUGAUAGAAGUCGACGCAUCUGGGGCGCCGUCUCCACCUUCUAAGAAGGUGAAGGACGACAAAGGGAAGCGCCGCGACUGGCUCACUCUGCUUGCUCGCGAGUCGUUAGUCGAUCUCAAAUAUCUCACACCCACUCAGACGAUUGAGGUGCAGUACGAAGGACAGACGAGGCGAUUUAUUGUCUCCUCCGCGACAAAGAACAGCUCCGAAGAAACGGUCACCGAUCUGGCCGACAAAUUGAAUGGACUCAGCGUUGAUGCAUUGCCGGCAUUUUGCACAGUCGGGUGGGAUACUGUUGUUACCAUCGAGGAUAACACGGAACUCAUCGUUCCCGAGAAGCCUCCAAUUGAGAACUUGGGUCCUCAUCGAUCCCAAGAAGCCUAUGCCUCAGUAGGUGGACUGGAAAAACAGAUCACGCAGAUACGCGACCUCAUUGAGAUUCCACUAACAAGACCUGACCUCUUCCGCCAUUUCGGUCUGAAACCUCCUCGCGGCCUCCUUCUGCACGGCCCGCCAGGGACGGGCAAGACUCACCUUGCGCGCGCGAUAGCAGCUUCCACGAACUCAUCCGUCUUAAUUGUCAAUGGGCCAGAACUUAGCUCUGCAUACCAUGGCGAGACGGAGGCGAGCCUACGCCGUGUAUUUGCCGACGCGCGCGCCAAGGCUCCUUGUAUCAUCGUGCUGGAUGAGGUGGAUGCUAUCUGUCCCCGGCGCGAAGAUGGAGCUGGCGGCGAGGUGGAAAAAAGAGUGGUCGCUACGCUAUUGACAGAGAUGGAUGGGGUGGAGGGGGAUGGGGAUGUCAAGGUUGUCGUUGUCGCGACGACGAAUAGACCGAAUGCGAUCGAUCCAGCUCUCAGAAGGCCAGGGAGGUUUGAUCGAGAGAUUGAAAUAGGAAUUCCCGAUAUCGAGGCCCGCAUCUCCAUCUUUCAAGUUCUGCUCGCCAAAACGCCAAAUACAGUUACUCUUGGGGACCUUCGAUCCAUCGCCUCGCGCGCUCACGGUUAUGUCGGUGCAGACCUAGCUGCCGUCGUUCGCGAAGCGGGUACCAUAGCUAUCAAACGCUUCCUCACAUCUUCGACUUCAGUGUCUCAAUCCGCUGAAUCGAUCGCUCUGACCGCAAACGAUCUCAACAUCUCCCUCCCGUCCGUGCGCCCCUCUGCGCUGCGCGCACAUUUCUUGGAUAUGGCGCCUGUUCGAUUCUCGGAUAUCGGUGGACUGUCGUCGACGAUCGCACGUUUGCGGGAGAGCGUUGAGUGGCCACUAACUCACGGUGAAGCAUUGGCACGGUUGGGUGUCCGUCCUCCGCGAGGCGUCUUGCUGUGUGGCCCGCCUGGAUGCAGCAAGACGGUGCUCGUGCGUGCAAUUGCGACCGAAAGCGGCGUAAACUUCGUUGCUGUUCGGGGGCCGGAGCUGCUGAACAAAUACGUCGGCGAGUCGGAGCGCGCUGUCAGGGAGAUAUUCCGCAAAGCCCGUGCAGCAGCCCCCUCCAUCAUCUUCUUCGACGAAAUAGACGCACUCGCGACGUCUCGCUCAGCUGGCACAGAGGGAGGGUCGCACGAAGGGGUUCUCAUGAGCCUGUUGAACGAGAUGGAUGGCGUAGAGGAGCUUGUUGGCGUCACUGUCAUCGGUGCGACAAACAGACCGGAUGUCAUUGAUUCUGCGCUCAUGCGCCCUGGGAGACUUGAUCGCAUUCUCUAUGUGGGACCGCCAGACCACUCAGGCCGAGUCGAUAUCUUGAAGAUCCGUAUGCGCAAGAUGAGCGUUGAUCCUAGCAUUGACCUGAAUGAGAUCGCGUCAUUGACGGAAGGGUGUUCCGGCGCAGAAAUUUCUGCCCUCUGUCAGGAAGCGGCAUUCUUAACUAUGCAGAAAGACCUGGAUGCUUCAUUCAUUCCACAUGAAGCGUUUAUUACUGCAGCCAAAAAUGUGAAGAAACAAAUCACGCCAGAGAUGCUGCUAAAGUUCCAGCGCUGGAGGAAUGACCAUGGUGUGGCGAGCUUAUGAUUGCUACCGUGUCGCUACUGUCAGUCGUCACGCACACUUCGAUUGAGAGCGUCAAUUUCUGUACACACGUGAGAAAAAUACCAUUUGUCUGGGGAGUUACC